CGAAGGAGUUGAGUGGGAUGGCUGCUAAUCGAGCGGACCGUUUACCGUCGUUGACACAAGCCGGCAGGUCUUACCAUGUUGGAAACUGUCAGGAAGAAAAACUAUCAAGGCCAGGAGAUGUCCGUUUUAAGAACAACCUACUCAUCAAUGAAUGCCACAGUGGCCAUAUUUCUACGUGGCCAGCAUUUGGGACAGAACAGACAAUCUUGCAGAAGCGCAAACCUUGCACGACUCCUGAUCUAAAAUAUUACAGCGCUGUCAGGCAGAAAGCUAAUGUAGUAUCUAAGCCACGGUACCUGGAACAACUUGAAUCCUACUUGAGGAAGGAACUUCACUUUCUGGACCUAACGAAAGAAAAUGCCCAAGAGUUAAAGCUACAGACCUACAGAGAAGUCUUUGAUUACUUUAUUGAACAUUUUAAAACUUACAAGCCACUGCUUUCUGCUAUUAAGAAUGAGUAUGAAGUCACCCUAGUCCACCAGAGACAACAGAUAUGUUCAUUAGAAGCCUUGAAAACAUUGCUAAUGUCUGUAUCCGAACAUUGUGACCAGAAAAUCCAGGCGAUGCGGGAGGAAGAAAGGCUAGAAAUAAAGACUCUCACUAUGGAGAAACAUCGCUUGAUGGAAAUUAUUGAUAAAAUGAAAGAGGAGAACCACUCUUUGCAAGUUCAGGUAUCCAAGAUGCAUGAAGAGCUUGCCAAAGGAUAUAUACUAUAUAGAAAUGAGCGUGAUGCUCGGAAACUACUUAUUUCUGAUAUGAAUGAGCUGAAAUAUGAACAAGACACACAAAUCACUAACGUUCAUAAGGAACAUGGAGAAGAUCCUGCAACACUAGCUGUGGCAUUACGAGUGGCACGUAAAGACCUUACACAAAUUCAAGUUGAAUUGAACACUAUGAAAGCUGACUAUGGAGAUGUGGUUUCAAGGAGAGACUUUGAGAACCAGGAGAAGCAACUUGCAGAAUUCAUACGGAAGGUUGAAUUGCUACAGAAAGAUCUUUGGCAGUUGCAAACUGAACAUAAAUCUCUUUUAGAGAUUAACCAUCAAGUUGUACAGCAGCGUGAUAAUUUCCACAUGAAAAUAGAAGAUAUGCAGCGCUGUAGCACUCCUCGUCCAAACUGGAAAAAAUGCGCAGAUGUUUUUCCUGGAGGCAUUGAAAACUGGUUAGCAUUGUCUUUGGAAAAGAGCAGUGAUCAGCUUGUAGAUAUAAUGCUUACAGAAAUUUGUACACAGAUGCUCAAUGACAAAGAUUUCUUCACUGGGAAGGGUAAAGGUGAAAAUAUUCCAGUUCAUCUCCGCCAUGAAGGACUAGUUAAGAAUUUAAAACUAACCAUACAAGAUGUGUCCAAUUUACUACAAAAUGUGUGGAAAGAGAAAACUGCGUCAGAUGAGCAGAAAGGCAAGAGAUCCUCAAUGCCAGAGUUUUUCCUCAAUUAUCUGCAGAAGAUGUUUGGAGAUUCUGCAAUUGAGUGGUCGUAUACUGUUCAUGAGAGCUGUCGGGUACAUAUGACUGAUGAACAGAUGCAUCUCUUUUACAAAAUCCUGAUCGGUGAAGUAGAAGAAGAUAUAUAUCAUGAGGUCAUUCACAAUAAGACCUACAUGAAAAAGGAGCUAAUGGAUGCUGAUAAUGGUUUGUGAAGCAUGAACAAUUACGAGACAUCAAAAAAGAAGAUUGAAAUUACUUGCAGAUGAUGCAGUCCUUGAAACCAGAGAGAACUUUUUUCAAGCUUCAAAAGUUCCAAAAUAAAAUCUUAAAGAGAGCUCCACUGUAGCUAAAUGUGCUUCAUCUACUGCAAGCAAGAACCUUUAGCAGCAACUAAGAUUAACUUAAGUACUGUUAUAAAAUUGUAUGAUUAUCAUUGCACACACUAAAUUAAUCUAUUGGUAUGUAUAGUGCAUAAGAAUGUGUAUAUAAAACCAAGAGUAUACUGCACUGACCAAAGGAUGACAGAUGUAAUUAAUAAAUAAAGGCGAACAUUUGCCCAUUCAUAAUUUUGGCAACAUUUUAUAGUCAGGUUACUGCUUGGUUGUAUUUUUUUUUAUAACAAAAGUUAUGAUGGGGUAAAGGUGAUGGAAAAUCAUUCCACUUAAAAUUAAGGGGAUAGUAGAAGCAUCAUUAAGCACCUUAUUUGCAUACGCCUAUGCUUGUCUGGUGGAUGUAGAUUAGUGCUUAAUAAUGCUUCUACUAUGCCCUUUAUGGGAUGGAUGUAGAAGCUUCUGCUGUCCCCUUGUUUUUCUUUUAUAGAAAAUGAAAACAUUUUAUGGAAAUGGGUGUUGAUUUUAUAUAAUUAAAUAUACAGAAGAAGGAAUAAAAUGACAGCUCUGCUAAGGUUUAUUUCCUUAACAUAAUACAA